AUGACUUUAUUAUUGGGCAAUCGUAAUGGAACAUUUCAAAAACCAAUUAUAUUCCUUUUUCAAAAUUUUAAAUCAUUAACACAUCUCCAUGUUGCUGAUUUUAACAAUGACAAUCGAUCUGAUUUAAUUUUUAUGCACCAGGGUGAAGAGAAUAGCGUUUGGACUGAACGCAUUUAUGUUUUUACUAUUUUACUUGGAGAUAGUAAUGAAACAUUUCAAACACAAAACAUGUUGUCUCGAGUAAUGCCUCAAAGUCCGCUACAAAUUAGUGUAAUUGAUCUCAAUAAUGAUAAGAAAGUAGAUAUCGUUAUGAUUCGUGAAAAUGAUUGUAAUGUUUACGUGAUGUUUGGAUAUGGAAAUACCACUUUUUCGUCAGAAAUUAUCUUAUCUGUAGGGGUAAAGUGUGAUCUGAGAGGAUUAGUUGUUAGUGAUGUUAAUAAUGAUAAUUAUUUCGAUAUUGUUGUAUAUAAUCACCAAUCUUUACAUAUUUAUGUAUUUUUCGGAAAAGGCAAUGAAGCAUUUCAACCACCGAAAUGGCUUUUUACUACAAGUAAUGUUGGAUCAGCUAAAAUAGUUAUUGGUGAUUUUAAUAAUGAUGAUCAAUCUGAUAUUGGUUUUAUUUACAUUAAUUGGAAGGAUCUUGUUUAUAUGAUAUACCAAUAUAAAAAUAAUAGUUUUAGUGUUAAUGAAAAAACUAUUAUAAAAUCUAAUCAAAACUUGCAUUCAGCUGUUGUAGGUGAUAUUAACGGUGAUAAUCAUUUGGAUAUUAUUAUUAAUUUGAUUGAUCCAUGUAGAAUCUAUGCAUUACUUGGGUAUGGAAAUGGAAAGUUCUCUAUACAAACCAUUUAUUCAAAUGAAUCUCAACUUGGUUACAAAUGGCUUAGUGUUACUAAUUUCAAUAAUUAUAAUUAUCAAGAUAUAAUUAGUGUCGACACACAUUCUAAACUUAUAAAUAUUUUUUUAAACAAGCGUCAAUGUUUAGCAACCUAA